GAUGAUGAUGACAUGUUGAUCGCGCUUGCAUAAAAAUCUCAUCUUUGUUUACAAAAUUACGCUGUGUUGAUUCCAAAUUAUUUAUAAUCUUUGUCGUGCAUUCUCCCAAAUCGAGAAUUUCAGCAUGGGAAACAAGCAGGUGAAGCAACAUUUCGAGACAGCACAGAAGACGGGGGUGCUAAAAAUCUCCCAAAUGAGAUUGGAUGAGUUUCCAUCCGCUCUGAAAGCUUUUCCAAAUGUUCUGAAAACUCUGGAUCUAUCAGAAAAUCGGUUCUCCGAACUGCCCACGGAUUUGGGCAAGUUUACUAUCUUGAAGCACCUGAAUGUAGCAGGAAACCGUCUUUCUUCGAUUCCGGAAGUCAUCGGGGUGCUGGUUAAGCUAGAAACGGUGAAUGCAAUGAACAAUCUGAUCGUGAGAAUUCCACAGGAACUGAGUCAAUGUAAGAAUCUUAAGCAACUACACCUCAGUAACAAUCAAAUCAACGAGUUCCCUACAAUGGUUUGUGGUUUGAAGCAGCUGGACCUGUUGGAUUUGUCCCGAAAUAAAAUUACAUCCAUUCCGCACGCCGUAGGCAGCCUGCAGGUCACAGAAUUGAACGUCAAUCAAAACCAAAUUUCAGAUGUGUCGGAAAACAUUGCCCAAUGUCCCAAAUUGAAAACAUUCCGGAUAGAAGAAAAUUGUUUGCAAGCUACGCCAGCGCUAUCAAAGAUUAUGAAAGAUUCACAGAUCUGUAACCUUUCCGUGGACGGUAAUCUAUUCAGUUCCAAAGCAUUCGCCGAGCUAGAAGGAUACGACGCUUACAUGGAAAGGUACACCGCAGCUAGGAGAAAGAUAUUUUAGAAGAAACAAUCUGGAAGACCACCUGUAUUCGUAUGUUACGCACGCUUGUAUGAAGUAUAUCGAUGUUGCCGUUAUGGAAGAGAUGAAAACACAUUAAAUUAUUUUAGCCAAUAGAAAACGAUUGUCACAAAUAAAUAGACGUGAUGCACGAAAAA